AUGACCGACACGGUCAUGAACGGCACUCAUGAUCCCUUGGAGCGCCCUCCAACGCCUCCUCCCGGUCCGCCAGCAGAUAUAGCUCCUCCGCCACCACCGUUGGAGAUGAUGGAGGAUGCUCCUCCUCCGCCCGCCGACAUAAAACCUCCACCACCACCACCAGAAGAGGGUUUACCGCCGCCUCCUCCUCCAGUGGACAGUCUCGCGCCGCCUGCGCCACCUGUGGUCAAGAAAAAGAAAACUGGUUGGGGUGCUUCUGCUGCCGCCAAACCGCUCAGUGUUGAAGAGCUUUUGCGAAAGAAGAGGGAGGCAGAUGCGGCAGCGUCGAAGCCAAAGUUUCUUUCAAAAGCUGAACGUGAACGACUCGCAUUAGAAAAACGCGCCAAAGAAGUCGAAGCCGAGCGACGAGCAAAGAUCGAACAAGGUCGAGCUGCAAAUGGCGCAGGACAGAAUGGUACAACACCAGAGGACAGAAAUGGUGAUAGAACAAAUGGCGAUUCGAGAUCAGCUCCUGUGCCUACCGGCCCACGCUCAUCACGCAACGAUGGAGAAAUMCCCCGAGGMCCUGCCGCUAUGCGCAAUCAACAACCAAACAAGGACUACGACUUGACGCCACCAGCUCCCCCGAAGCGUAUUGCAUUCGGCAAAGGCGAUUCGAAAGGAGGCGACAAGCGUGUUUCGGAGGCGGAAGCUGAAGCGGAGCUGGUUCGACAGCGAUAUAUGGGUGCGAACCAGACGUCUAAUUUCUCCGCGAAGAAGAAAAGGAAGCGCACUACGGAGAGGAAAUUUAACUUUGAAUGGAACGCCGAAGAAGACACAAGCAAGGACUACAACCCGUUAUACCAGAAUAAAGCUCAUGCGAAUUUCUUCGGACGAGGUCGACUUGCUGGAUUCGGCGAAGAUAUGGCAGAUGAUGCUACGAAGAAGUACGUUCAAGCUUUGGAAGACCGUGAUCGUGAAGCGGGCUCUUCCCGGGCCAGGGAAAUCCUAGAAAUGGAAAGGAGACGAAAGGAAGAAAGCAGUAGGACUGCAAUUGAGAAACACUGGAGCGAGAAGAGAUUGGAUCAAAUGCGCGAGCGAGACUGGCGUAUUUUCAAAGAAGAUUUUAAUAUCAGCACCAAGGGUGGCAGUGUCCCGAAUCCGAUGCGCUCGUGGGAGGAAUCUGGAUUACCACAUCGACUACUUGACCUUAUUAAACAAGUUGGAUAUGCCGACCCGACGCCGAUUCAGAGAGCGGCUAUUCCUAUUGCUUUACAAUCUCGAGAUCUUAUCGGUGUGGCCGUGACGGGUUCCGGUAAAACAGCGUCAUUUUUGCUUCCUUUGUUGGUCUAUAUUUCCGAGUUGCCUCGACUCGAUGAGUUCGAAUGGCGAAAGAACGAUGGUCCAUAUGCUAUUAUUCUCGCACCCACUCGAGAGUUGGCGCAGCAGAUCGAAAUCGAAGCCAAGAAGUUUUCAAGGCCUCUCAAUUUCAACGUUGUCAGUAUCGUCGGUGGUCACUCUUUGGAGGAACAGGCAUAUAGUUUACGAGACGGUGCGGAGAUUGUUAUUGCCACUCCUGGACGUCUCGUUGACUGCUUGGAACGACGAAUGCUAGUUUUGUCACAGUGUUGUUAUGUGAUUAUGGACGAAGCAGACCGAAUGAUCGACCUUGGUUUUGAAGAACCAGUCAACAAGAUCCUUGAUGCACUACCUGUAACGAAUGAGAAACCAGAUACCGAGGAAGCAGAAAACGCACAGGCAAUGAGCCAACACGUCGGCGGACGAGACAGGCGGUACCGACAGACCAUGAUGUAUACAGCUACUAUGCCGUCAGCUGUUGAGCGAAUAGCCCGGAAAUAUCUACGACGACCGGCCAUCGUCACGAUCGGUAAUAUCGGUCAAGCCGUCGACACCGUUGAGCAGCGCGUCGAGUUCGUUGCAGGCGAAGACAAGAGGAAGAAGCGUCUUGCCGACAUCCUCAUGUCAGGGCAAUUCAAACCUCCCAUUAUCGUUUUCGUCAAUAUCAAGCGAAAUUGUGACGCUGUUGCGAAGGAUAUUAAACAAAUGGGCUUUUCAUCUGUUACGUUGCACGGUAGCAAAACGCAGGAACAGCGUGAGGCGGCGCUGGCCUCGGUGCGGAACGGUAGUACUGACGUCCUGGUUGCUACGGAUUUGGCUGGUCGUGGUAUCGAUGUGCCUGAUGUCAGCUUAGUGGUGAACUUUAACAUGGCGACCAAUAUUGAGAGCUACACGCAUCGUAUUGGUCGUACGGGUCGUGCUGGAAAGAGUGGUGUUGCCAUAACGUUCUUGGGCAACGAAGACACCGACGUGAUGUACGACCUCAAACAAAUGUUAAUGAAAUCAUCUAUAUCUCGAGUCCCCGAGGAACUCCGCAAGCACGAAGCGGCACAAUCCAAACCUACCCGUGGCGGAGGAUUCACGAAACAGAAAGCAGACGAAGGCGGUUUUGGCGGAAAGGGUGGUGGAUGGUAG